AUGCAGAGUACCUCGACUUUUGUGAUACAAGGCACCUCCACAAGCCGUACAAAUUUCUUGGAUCUCCCUCGAGAACUCCGAGAUGAGGUUUACUUCUGGGCGUUCGAUACACUGCCAAAAAAUCGGACGGUCCAGCCAUCACUAAACAAGCGUCCCUACCUCGGCCCCUUUGGACCGGCUGGCCCCAUUGCCAACGUCAACCCAUUGCUCCGUAGUUGUCGGCAAAUCCACGACGAGGCAACUCUCCUGCUGUAUAGCAAACAUAAGUUCUACUUCGAUGACACCCAUCAUGGCGUCGCUACAAUGAAAGUUCGACUGUCAGAGUUUGGUGAAAAGAGCCUAUGCCACCGAGACAAAUAUGAUAGUCAUAUUCAAUGCACACAAUCGAAGGCAAAGAGAUACCACAAGAAGGGAGAUUUUGUUAGAAUGCCAAAAUGUGACAUCACCACCUUGAAUAAGUGGCUCCAGACGAUCGGCACACGUAACCGCUUGAUGAUAAGGAACAUCGAGUUGUCACUCUCGGGGGCUCGCUUCACUCACUUUCGCGGAGGCAAAGACAACAUCACAUAUGACCUUGGCCGUCAAUGGAUGAAUGGUAGCUCGUACCACACGGCACUCGGCGGUCACCUUCUUGAAAGCGCUUUUCACCUCCUAGCUCGUGGCCAUGGACUCCAAACGCUCACCGUUACCUUCGCUGGGCCGGAGCUGGGGUACAGUGACCCCAAUGACUACACGAGACCAUAUGAGAGAGCCGCAAAUCGGACUGAAGCGCUGGUAUACGCCUUCAAAGAUUUCUUUCAUCCAAGCUCAAGAAUGAGGUGGGCGCUCAACAGCAUUAAGGGUGUUGAAAAGUUCACUUUUCACGUACCAGAGGGUGUUUUCGAAGAUUUUGCAGGUCUUGCAGUCGACUUGCAGCCCUGGAAAGAGGCCUGGCAGGGUGUCAUGAAGGUCACGAAUUCAAUUGAGCAGCAGGCAAUGGCGAUUUCCGGGACCAGCCUUGCUGACAGGACAGGCAUCCAGACAGUUAUCAUCAAGACAUUGCCAGACUUGGCUGUCAAGUAUCGCCGUCGACAAACCAUGUGA